AUGAGCGCGAAAGAUGGAUCUAGCAAGAAAGAGAUGCUGGAGAAUGAGAUAAAGCAGUAUGAGGUCCUUCUUAAUACGAAGGUUGAGGAAAAGAAUCUUCUACGUAAGGAAGAGCUGAAAAGAUUGCCUCGGAAGAUAUACAGAUUGCGAGAAGAGAUAUUUGAGAUGGAGUAUGCGCAUGCUAUAGAAAUGGAGAAUAUUAAUCAAGAAAUAGAGAAGCUAAAUGGUGAGCAUAGCAAUAUAGCGUGGUCGAUAUGGAAUAAUAAGUGUAGUAUAGACCAAUUAACAACAAAGCACAAGAAUAUGGCAAGCGUGUGCAUGACAGAUCUGGAGAGGUCUAUGAACAAUAUCUCGUAUAUAAGAGAUCUAGCAGAUCUAAACCAGAAAGAUGGAAAUUAUAAUCUGCAGUUGAGAGAAUUAAGUAGGCAGAUUAAUGAGAAGAAGAAUGAGAUGCAGAAUAAGAAAAUUAAGUAUAAUACCAAAGUACAACACAAGAAUGAACGAAUUAAAAGUGAAGAGAAGCACUAUAUAUCAGAGUCUGAGCUAGUUAAAAUAUAUGAUAUACGGACGAAACAGAAAGAUGUGGAGAGGGAGAUAAAUGCAUUAAUAGUGGAUAUUAGGAAUAAGAAAGCAGAAUUGGUAUCUGAAAUACAAUGGAAAUGGAUGAAGUGGAUAGGAAUGAUACUUUUAUAUGUGUUUUGCACUCUGGUUGUUAUAACUCUGCUGUAUAUUGCGGUUAAAAGUAUAGCUAAUUCUACCUCUUCUCCUCAGGGCGUACCACAAAAAAGUCCAAAUACGCAAUCGCGUCAUAGCAACUAUAGUUUUCAAGACCAGGAAUCAGUAAAUUCAAAAUAUACCCCAUCAGCUCCUCCUUUUCAUCAUCAGGAUGAUAAUCCUCUUCUUCAUCAUCAGGAUAAGAAUCCUCCGUCAUAUCGUUCUAUAUUUCCUGAGAAAUUUAGGUUAAAUUCAUAA